AUGGAAGCUAAUUUAAUGGUUCUGCUUCUGUUACUCUUAGCUUCAAUGUCAAAUAUUUCCUUGGGAAAGGACUUAAUUACUAAAACCCAAUUCCUUAAAGAUGGGGACACCAUCAUUUCAGAGGGUGGAACCUUUGUAAUGGGAUUUUUUAGCCCCACCAAUUCCUUAAACCGUUACAUAGGAAUCUGGUACAAACAAAUUCCUGUUCAGACAGUGGUUUGGGUUGCAAACAGAGAUGCUCCAAUGGCAAACACAUCUUCAGCAGCCUUGAAGAUCACCCCGGGAGGCCAACUCGCGCUUGUUGGAGACAACAGUCAGGCUGUUUGGUCUGCAAACUCAUCAAGAUCAGUGCAGAAUCCAGUUGCAGAGUUGCUGGAUUCUGGGAACCUGGUGGUGAGAGAUGCAGAUGAUGAAAACCCGGAGAAUUUUCUCUGGCAAAGCUUUGAUUAUCCAACUGAUAAUUGGUUACCAGGGAUGAAGUUUGGGUGGAAUUUACAGACAGGCCAUGAGGCUUUCUUAACAGCUUGGAAGCGCGAAGAUGAUCCAGCUUCAGGACAGUUCACACUUCACCUGGACCCUGCUGGAUAUCCACAAGUUAUCAUCAGGAAUGGAACAUCUGAGACUUAUGGCACGGGGCCAUGGAACGGUCUGCGCUUUAGUGGGAUGAGAUCAGAAGGAAACAACACUGAAACUCCAUAUGGACUGGUCAUAAAUCAGAAAGAGGUUUAUCUCAGCUAUGGUGUCACAGAUGGCUCAAGUUUAUUGAGAUUAGUCCUUUCCAGCAAUGGUGUUCUGCAAUCAAUUGUGUGGGAUCUAAAUCAAUGGGUGAGUUUUCCAAGGGAGCCAUCAGAUCUUUGUGACAGCUAUGGUUUAUGUGGUGGAAAUGGUGUCUGCAACAUAGACAAUUUCCCUAGUUGUGGAUGUUUGGACAGGUUUUUGCCUAAUGACAAUGCAGCUCAAAACUGGUUACAGGGAUGCCAUAGAAGAAAGCCCCUGAAUUGCCACAAUGGGUUCACAACAGAUGGGUUUGUUAAGUAUUCUGGGAUCAAAUUGCCAGAUGCAAAGAGCUCUUGGUAUAAUGAGUCUAUGAGUCUUCAAGAGUGUGAAGAAUUUUGCUUGAGGAAUUGCUCUUGUAUGGCUUAUUCGCCUCUCGAUAUAAGCGAUGGAGGGAGUGGGUGUUUGGUUUGGUCCGGGGAUUUGAUAGAUAUCAGAUCAAUAUCUUCAUACGGGCAAGACAUAUACAUCAAACUGGCUUCUACUGAAAUUUCAGGGCUAAAAACAGAACCAAUUCAUUCAAGCUCAAGGGGGAAGAAAACACAAAUCCUUGUACUUUGUUUGUCACUGCUGGUUGUAAUUGUAUUUGCAGGCUUGCUGAUUUCUUGGUACUUUAGCAAAAAGAAAACUACAGAACAAAAGUUGAAGAAAGAGUUAGAGCUGCGGAUAUUUGAUUGGUCGACUAUAUUAAGAGCAACGAAUAACUUCUCAGAGAAGAACAAGCUUGGACAGGGUGGAUUUGGAACGGUAUAUAAGGGCGCUUUAGAUGGUGGAGAAGAAAUAGCUGUGAAGAGGCUAUCAAAGAAUUCCACACAAGGACUUGUGGAAUUCAAGAACGAAGUCAUUUGUAUAGCCAAAUUACAACAUCGGAAUCUUGUGAAGCUUUUGGGGUGUUGCAUUAGUGGGGAAGAAAAGAUGUUGGUCUAUGAAUACAUGCCUAACAAAAGUUUAGACAUUUUCAUAUUUGACCAAAGAAGGAAAAAGUUACUUGACUGGUCAAAACGCUUCAACAUAAUUAACGGAGUUGCUCGAGGUCUAUUGUAUCUUCAUCAAGAUUCUCGUCUAAGAAUUAUUCAUAGAGAUCUUAAAACAAGCAACAUUUUGCUUGAUAUUGACUUGAUUCCAAAAAUAUCAGACUUUGGUUUGGCUAGGAGUAUAGUAGGAAAUGGAACCGAGGAUAAUACAAAACGAGUUGCUGGAACACAUGGGUAUAUGUCCCCAGAAUAUGCUGGACAUGGGAUCUUUUCAGUUAAAUCAGAUGUGUUUAGCUUUGGCAUUUUAGUACUAGAGAUAGUUAGCGGUAAGAGAAAUAGUGAAUUUUUCAAUGAAGAUGAAUAUGAGACUCUUCCCGGGCAUGCAUGGAAGCUAUAUAGAAACGACAAACCAAUUGUACUGGUUGAUGAACAUAUGACUGAUUCAUAUGAUGUCGAUGAAGUUUUAAGGUCAAUCCAUGUCGGCCUUCUAUGCGUGCAACAGUCUCCCAAUGAUAGACCAAACAUGUCUUCUGUAGUUCAGAUGUUGAUAAAUGAUGUUCCAUUGCCUCAAGCUAAGGAACCUGGCUUCUUUGUUGGCAAGCACUACCCUUUAGGCACACAUGCUGCAAAAAGUUCCAAAAAUGAAGUCACAAUUACAACAUUGGAUCCUCGAUGA